CAGAGGAGUGAUAGAUUCCCGCCCCCACCACCAUAGAUAUUUGGAAUCUAGAGAUUCCGUCUCCUAACAGACUGUUAGUUCCAAGAGAGAACAUGAAGUCGUGCUGGCUAUUUCUGAUAUACCUAUUAUGGCUGAGGGGCCAUCAGUGUUCACCUAUAAAGGAGGAGGAAAUCAAUCCAUGGGAACACCUGAAAAUUUUAUCUGAAGUUGGUGAGAAAUAUGUAGAUGAAGAGGUAAAGAAAGCUCUGGUAGGCAUUAAGCAGAUGAAAGUUAUGAUGGAAAGAAAUGAAGAUAAACAUGUACAUCUGAUGAAAACCUUGAAGAAGAGCAGUGGAGAAAAGCAGGAGGCUCUCCAGCUUAUGGACGAAGUGAAAGAACAAUUAGAGGAAGAAGAAAGACAAUGUCAGGUGUCUCUGAGAAAUCUCUGGGAUGAAUGUAAAACUUGUUUAGAAAGUAAUUGCAUGAGAUUUUAUACAACCUGCCAGCACAGUUUGUCAACAUUUACAAGUAAGGUUUGAAGAUUUUUCAGGAAAAUGUCCUCCUUUGACUUUUACUUUUCUAUGAGGAUCAGGAAAGCACCUUCAUUAAAAUGAAAACCUGAGAAGGAGAGUGCCCAGUUAGUACAAAUGGAAGAUUUAUUUAGCCAGCUGUUAUCGGAUGUAGAGCACAAUAUUGAUAGCUUUGCUUUUGUCAAACAGAAUACAAAAGAAUUUGAUCAAUCUUUUCAAAUAUAUUAGUCUGAUCUGGACUUAACUGAGCCCUACUAUAUGCCAGCUUUCCCUGAGGAGCCUAUGAGAACAGGUUUUCAGAAAGACUGGGUGUAUGCCAGGCUCCUUCAGAUAUUUUUACUCAGCAAGACUCUGUUUGAAGGUGUAAGCGAGGUGAUUACUGAAGCAUUUGAUGAAUACACAGACAGUACAAGAGAUUUGCCAGAAGAAGCCAAAGAUUCUGACAAAAGUGGCAUGUUUUCAAAGAUCGUACCAGGACACAAGAGAGCUCUGUGUAAAGAGCUCCGUCAGAAUUCAUCAGGAUGCCCACAGUUUCAUGAGAGAUGCCAGAAAUGUCAGGAUAACCUGAUGAGAGACUGUCCAAAUGUUCCUGAACUACACAUAAAGCUUGAUGAAGCCUUUAAGCUGGUUAAUGUCUCGGAUGAACAGUAUGAGCAGAUCCUCCAGGUGAUUCAGCGUCACACAGAAGACACUUCCUACUUGUUGGGCAAAAUGAAAGAAAGGUUCGGGUGGGUGUCAGAACUAUCCAACAUGACCAUCGGACCAGAAAACAUUUUCAAUAUAGUAAAGGUGUCACCAAGUAUCCAAGGAGCAGAUUCUUCCAGUCUGAAUGAAACAAUGGUAGAUGUGAAUAUUCUGACUUCACCUACUUUCACAAUUAAGGUUCCUCAUGAUUUAGUUAUAGGGAGCUCUGAGUUCAUUGAAUAUGUAGCUGGGAAAGCUUUGCAACUUUACAAGCAGACUUUUUAAGGACGGUAUGUUGUUUCUCUUUGUAUAGUGAACUUAAAACUUAG